CUGAUCUGACGGACGGCUUGGCCACAAUGGUGGCCAGGCAGGAGGAGGGCGAUGAGGCGCGACAGCGCCGAAAAGACACAACGGCCCUGGCUAAAGCCAGGGCAAGAUGGGAGGCCGAGAAGCGUAAACUCGAGGCGGAGCUCGGACAGCUCCGCGUCCGAGUGGCGCUCCUCGAGCAGGGCCCCCACAAGUGCACCGAUGCGGAGCGCUACACUGACGUCGAGGUCCAAACAGAUCUGGACCUCGACGCAGACGUGGUGGAAGCUCUUACUGGGGAACCCCCUCACCGCCGUACCUAACACCUCGGAUACGGCGGUGGGGGAGCCCCACAUUGAGGAGCCCCCCACCGAGGUUGCGACCACCCGGCGCAAGAAGAAGCCGGCGAUCGUAAACAUAGAGGUGCUCAAGGAGCCUUAAGCCUGCCGCAGACGAUACGUUUUUCCUUACUGGAUUUCUAACUGGAUUUCCUUACUUGCUACCGUACGGGCAGCAGUACUGGCAGCGCUACUGGCCGUGGCUUCACACGAUGCGAGAUUUCGUGCGGGCUGAGCAAUUGGAAUUUGUUUGAUAGAAUUAUGAAUGAGAUGGAUGAGGUGGAUGCAAUUAUUGCAACAGUGAUACAUCGUCGUAAAAUUACUCUUACAUUAUUUUUAGUUAUUGAAAGAUUGCGACGACAACGAAAUCAACAUCGCCGACGUUUAUGGAGUCGACAGUGGCUGCAAAGACGAGAGACUCACAAUAGUGUUCUUACAAUGUUAUUUGAAGAAUUCGGACCUGAAGAUCCGAGAUCUUUUCAAAAUUUUACCAGAAUGCAAGAAGAGGUUAUGGAGGAGCUAUUAAAUCUUCUCAUUCCAUACAUUGAAAAGAAAAACACAGUAAUGAGAGAAGCAAUUUCUCCUCGGAUGAGACUGAGUGCUACGCUUCGAUAUUUGGCAACUGGCAAUUCGUUUCAAGAUCUUGCGUACUCUACAAGAAUUGCCCCAAAUACUCUGUCGCAAAUCAUAUCAGAAACUUUACAAGCCAUUAUUAUAGUGUUGGAUAAAAAAGUAAUACCCUUUCCAUCUAAGCCUGAAGAAUGGAAAAUUGUAGCUAAUAGAUUUGAAACUAUGUGGCAAUUUCCUCAUUGCGUAGGUGCUGUAGACGGAAAACAUAUUUUAUUUCGUCCUCCACGCUCUGAUGGAUCUAAAUAUCGUAAUUACAAGGGAAAAGACAGCAUCAUUCUUUUAGCUGUAGUAGACGCAAAUUAUAAAUUUAUUUUUGUAGACGUUGGUAAAAAUGGUAGCUCACAUGACUCUGUUGUAUUUCGCGAAAGUUUGUUAGGUGUAAAACUAAAGGAAAACACUCUCAAUUUGCCACCACCAAAGACUCUAUUGAAUUUUAAUUUUAAAAUGCCAUAUGUAAUUGUAGGAGACGAUGCCUUUUCUUUGCAUACAAAUUUAAUGAAACCAUAUCCUGACCGUAGCUUGACAGAAAACAGACGAAUAUUCAAUUAUAGAUUAAGUAGAGCACGAAGAAUUGUUGAGAAUGCAUUCGGCAUUCUGGCGAAUAGAUUCAGAGUUCUUCUAAAUCCCAUACCACUAUCUGUAGAAAAAGUAGAAACUACAACAUAUGCAUGUGUGCUUCUUCAUAAUUUCCUAUUAAGUAAAAAUGUACAACGUUAUAUUCCCUCUGAAUAUAGAUCAGAAAAUUCAAAAACACCUGAAUCAGGAUUACGUAGUGUGAAUCAACAAAGGGGAAAUCGUUCAUCUGUUGUGGCUAGAGAAAUAAGAAACAUGUUUACUGAAUAUUUUAAUACAACUGGUGCUGUUCCAUGGCAGUACUCUGCUAUAGAAAAAGGAAAUUAAUUAUUUUUAAUAAAAAAAUCUGUAAUUGUGUCGAAAAUUGUAAAAAUACUAACUUAAAAUUACAUAAAACGAUAUUUAAAAAAUAAAAUAGACAUUUUUCUUCCCUUGAAAUUAAUUCCGAGUAUGACAUUUCCAGGCAGUUUUUAACAAAAUAGUUUUUUUUCGAGAUUAUCUUAUUAUUUAUAAAAUUAUUUUAUUAAUAAGGAUAUAUACAUUUGUUCA